UAAAAGCCACUGAUUUUCACUAUAAAAACCCGACGGAUAUCGAUUCUGUAUCACACAUCAAACUCUGUCAUCGACCAAGGUGGAAGUAACUCUCAGGAUGCUCAGGCUCACCGCCCUUCUCGCUUUUGUUGCCCUAGUGGCCGCGAACCCGAUAACAAACCAGACGGUGCACCACUUCGUCCAGCGAAUGGACGGUCGCAUCGUUGGUGGCGAGGAAACGACCAUCGAGGCAGCGCCGUACCAAGUGAGCUUGCAACACAAUGGUCGCCAUUUCUGCGGAGGUAGCAUAAUCUCCAAGAACUGGGUGGUAACCGCUGGACAUUGCACCGAUUUUCCAGCCAGCGGCUACCUCAUACGUUCCGGCUCGACCAACGUCAAUUCCGGUGGUUCGGUGCACCGAGUUCAGCAAGUGAUCAGACAUGAAAACUAUGGCAGCGAUCGUCACGGUAUCCCAUCGAACGAUGUCGCCCUGCUUCGUGUGGUAGACUCUGACGCGUUCCAAUUCAACAACGCCAGGAAACCUAUAUCGCUGUAUCAAGGAAGCCCCGAUGCUCUUGUUAACAAAUACGGAUUGAUCACCGGUUGGGGUACCACCGAAACCGGUAAGCUUCCGCUGCGUCUCCGCAAGGUUUCGGUUCCUAUAAUCUCGAGACCGUCGUGCAACGAAGCGUACAGGGAGGUCGGAGGAAUUCCUCAAUGGGAAAUUUGCGCUGGAGUUGCGAAGGGAGGCAAAGACUCUUGCCAAGGUGACUCUGGUGGCCCCUUUGUUGUCAAUGGCAAACUCGUGGGAAUCGUCUCUUGGGGUAUGGGCUGCGGAACUCCUAAGUAUCCAGGCGUUUACACCGACGUUUCCCACUAUGGCUCAUGGAUCAAACAACACGCUCGUAUUUUUUGUAGAAAGGCAGACAAACAUUGCAACUCCUUGGCAAGCAAGAUGUUCACACAAUUGAGUUUACUCGCCUUGUUGGCUGCCGCGACAGCGACCCCGCCGCUGCAAAGACCGAUCUUGAACUCCCUAUUUCCAACCGGGCAAAUCAUCGGUGGAACGAACGCAAGGAUCGAGGACGUACCGCACCAAGUGUCCCUUCAAAGUUCCGGCUUAAGCUUCUGCGGCGGUAGCAUCAUUUCGGACAAAUGGGUGAUAACAGCUGCUCACUGCAUGUCUUAUCCACCCGAAUGGAUCACCGUGAAAGCCGGAACGGCGACCAAAUCCAUCGGCGGAAGCACACACAAGGUAGCUGAAAUAAUCGUCCAUGAGAACUAUACGACGAAUUGGCGCGGAGUACCAAGGAACGACGUAGCCGUGCUACGAGUUUCAAAUCCUUUCACGUUGGACAAAACGCGUAAUCCUAUCAAGAUCUUCAAACAAAACGAAGAAUCCGCCGUGGGAAUCACCGCGACAAUUACCGGAUGGGGUGCGACGAGAGAAGGCGGUAACACUGCCGAGAUCCUUAAAACUGUCGAUGUACCUAUCGUAUCGAAGAGCUCCUGUAACGAAGCCUACAAAUCAUACGGAGGGUUGCCCGAGGGACAAAUCUGCGCGGCGAUACCAGAAGGAGGAAAGGACGCUUGCCAAGGGGACUCUGGCGGCCCCAUGACUAUUGGUGGACGUUUGGCUGGCCUAGUGUCCUGGGGUUACGGUUGCGCCAGACCUGGCUACCCUGGUGUUCACACAGAGGUUGCUGCCUUCAGCGAUUGGAUCAUCUCCAAGACUGGAAUUAAAGCGUGAAGUUUCCCGAAACUGGAUCUUCCUCUUUUAUCUCUAAUAAGAGUUAUGCGUAAAUAACGCACUUGUAUGGCACGAUAAAUUCAAUAAAAUUUGAUUUCUCUGA